AAUGUGUACUUUUGUCAACCUUUCAACCGGAAGCAGCUGUCACAGUAACACAUGUCCGAUUUGAAAACAGAAAGACCGAAAUCCAGCUGCGAAAUGGAAAUAAACAGCAAGAAAACGAGAUCGCAGGAGCUGCUGUCAUGCGGCAGCGGAGGAGGUCUCCACGAUAAGCUUCUCCUGAAGCCCAAGGCCGGCAGGUCUCUGCAGACGGAGAGAGUCCCGAGAAGCAGCGUGCUGGACCGGCUGCAGAGCUUCCUGCCCCAGAUGGCCGAGGCCAACGAGAAGCUGAAGCAGCAGAUGGAUGAGCUCCCCGCUGAACACUUUGACAUAGAGAGCGUGGAGGAGGCGGAGAAGGUCAUAGAGAUGGACGUUGCCCUGGUGGAGCUCAGCGGCUCCGACAGCGACUCAGAAGAGGAGACAUCAUCAUCAUCAUCAUCAUCAGAGGAGGAGGAAGACGAGGACGGCAAGGUCACAGAGGAGAACCUGAAACUUCCCGGGGACAAAAAGAAGAGGAAAGCCAACAUCCAAGUCCUGGAGCAGCAGGGGGAAUAACGGGUGACUGCGGCUCGUUUUAAAGAUGUCUUUUUGCCCUGUGAAGCGAUGUGGGUCUCACUCUCCCCAAUGACAAUCUCACUUCCUCACAUGAGGUAAAACUCCUCUGCGUCCUCGGUGAAGGGAUUAUAAACCUGCAUCAUAAACUGCACAGUGUGUUAUGAGCACAGAGGACAUCAGUGCACGCAGAGCUCCUGUGUGGAGAGACGCCGGCCUUCCUGAUCCCCAUGGGAACACAAAACCUGUAUUUUUGUACUCUUCUUGCAGAAAAGUGCCUUUUGUGUUUUUCAGAGUCAGGGUGGAUAUGUCGCGUGUCUAAGGUGUUUCUCAGUCUCCUGUCCAUUCAUUCAGUCACGCUCUGAUUUUCCAUUUUCAUUCAGACUGUUUAAGCAUGAACUCUGUCUGCAGGUAUCAUGCUGAAGGAGUUGCUUCUAUAUUCUGAUUUAUCAGUGUGAUUACGGAAACACAUCAUGUCAGCAUCAUGUAAUAUGGGCCAGCCGUGAUUUCUAUGGGGCCAAAUAUACCUUAUAAUUUACUUUUUACAACACAUAUUUGUUGUUUCAUGAGGAGAACCUACGUUUUUCAUAAAGAACUCUGAUCCGGUCUGUAUCACGGAUAAUAAAGAGUCUGUCUUGAUACGGCUGCAUCCUAAAGGAAAGCUUAGUUUGUGUGCAUCAUCAUAAAUAACGCAUUCCAGUUUUGGUAGAAAUCUGAAUUUGAAGGCAAAUAUGACGCCAGCUUCUUUUCCACUUGACAGCUCCACCUCUGCAGAUCUCUGGGAAAUGUCUCGCCAUAAAACAGGAGCAGAUGCACAAUAUUAGUUUUGUGUAAUUUGACAUCAGUUGGCUGAUGAUUUGUUUGCAUAACUGGUGACAUAGCAGCUGUUUACUUGUGUCACAUGGUUGACAAAUAGUAACACACAGCAUUUCAGCAUCGGACAGUGUUUUUCACCUGUUGACACUGAUUUAAAAAAAAAAUUCUCACAUCUUCAACAGUCAUGCUAAAGUGAAAACUCAAUUGAAAAACCCCUGCAUUUGCUCAAUUUUCUAAAUUUUCUACAUUAAAGUAAUUCUAAAAUUAAUAUUUUGAGAGAUGUUGGCUGUUAUUCAAAUUACCUUGGGCUUUGCCAACUUCUCAUGAGACUUUAUUAUUGUUUUUGACGAUGAUUGAUAAAUAAAAUAAUAAUGUAUUGAUUAAUCCACAAUGAAAAUAAUCCUGAUUAGAGGCAGACUCUGCAGUUUCAAAGGAGAGGGCACCCCACCUUGUUAUGAUUUGGUAAAAAAACGAUGAAUGCCACUCGAUUCUCAAAAGAAUAAAACAUAGAAAUGCCUCACGAGUUCAGGACAACUCUUUUACCCCAUCAUAACCCAAAAUAUAAAAGCAUUUUGCCCUGUUGCUUAUGUUUUUGUGCACAUUUGACAUCUAAACAUUAGAGGAAACACAUGCAUUUAAAGGCGUUGCAUUGAUUCUAUGGGUUAUUAUUCUUGGCAUGAACCUGAGGGGUUUUAUCCGUCCUCACCUUCAUCCUCAACAUCAGUAAACAGAGUGGCAUGCCGUCCCAUAUGAAACUGCAGAGUCUCCUCCACAUGCCUCCACAAUACCAGCUUGCCAUAUUGCUAGCAUUAAUCUUGACUGUUCAUGUUUGUCACCGCCAUGUGUUUGGCGGAGCUCUGAUCCAGAUUCUCCACAACAGACUGGGACACAGUCUGUUUUUCUCAUGUGAAUCCACUGAAGUUGACCGGCUUGGUGUUUGGAAGCUGUAAUAUUCACUGUGAAGAAACAUUACUGACAUCUCAGUGCUCGCGGCAAGCGUGGGAAAUCAACACCGGACAAGCUGGUAAACACUGGCUGUGGCUGCGUUUGUCUCCCCGACCAGCCAGUUUGGUAGCCGACCCAUCAUUUAGACCGUCUGCUGAGUUUUUUUUAAAUAUAGCUGGCUGGUAAAACAGUGAGUGUGGAUGGUGACUGUGGUCAGUGGACAAAAAAAUGUAUAUAUUUUUUGCCCUAAAGAGAGAUGAAAUGGCCUUGAAAAGAUACUAACAUUUCGACGCUGGUGUUGAUUCCCAGUUGAGAUGCUUUUCAUUUUAAAAUCAUAU